AAUGGCUGCCUUCCUGCUUACCACACCUCAGCCUGAUCAAGUUGUUAUGUAAAGAGAAAUGUGUUUGCAAUAAAUAUCUGUUGGGAAUUUCAAUCAGGUUCCAAGGGGGGAGAAAAACUGCCUGUCAUCAAGACACUUGUAGCCUAGAAGACAGAGAAACAAUCAGAAAUUGUUCUAGCUGGAAUUGAGUCUGCACUGGCAAACUUCAGAUCCAGACACAGGACUCAGCGAUACAUUCCUGGACAGCAAGGUAUUAUAAUGGCCACCACAAUCUGUUUCAUCAUCUGGAUGUUAUUCAUAACAGAUACUGUAUGGACUCGAAGUGUGAGACAGGUUUAUGAGGCAACUGAUCCAGAGGACUGGAUGGUGUAUGACUUCGAUUGCCCCAGGGAAUGUUUCUGUCCCCCCAGCUUCCCUACUUCUUUGUACUGUGAAAACCGGGGUCUCAAAGAAAUCCCUGCUAUACCGUCAAGGAUCUGGUAUCUUUAUCUUGAAAACAACCUGAUAGAAACCAUUCCUGAGAAGCCCUUCGAGAAUGCCACCCAGCUGAGAUGGAUAAAUCUAAACAAGAACAAAAUAACCAACUAUGGAAUUGAAAAAGGAGCCCUAAGCCAACUGAAGAAGCUGCUUUUCUUAUUUCUGGAAGAUAAUGAGCUAGAGGAGGUACCUUCUCCAUUGCCAAGGAGUUUAGAACAAUUACAAUUAGCUAGAAACAAGGUGUCCAGGAUUCCUCAAGGGACUUUCAGCAACCUGGAGAAUCUGACCCUCCUUGACCUGCAGCACAAUAAACUAUUAGACAAUGCCUUUCAAAGAGACACCUUUAAAGGACUCAAGAACCUCAUGCAGCUAAAUAUGGCUAAAAACUCCCUAAGGAAUAUGCCACCAAGAUUACCAGCCAAUACAAUGCAGCUGUUUUUAGAUAACAAUUCCAUUGAAGGAAUACCAGAAAAUUAUUUUAAUGUGAUUCCUAAAGUAGCCUUCCUGAGACUCAACUACAACAAAAUAUCAGACGCUGGCCUCCCUUCUAGUGGUUUUAAUGUAUCAUCAAUUCUAGAUCUCCAACUGUCUCACAAUCAACUCACAAAGGUCCCCAAAAUCAGUGCUCAUCUGCAGCACCUUCACCUCGAUCAUAACAAAAUUAAAAAUGUGAACGUCUCUGUAAUAUGUCCUGCCACUCCUAUCACACUGCCUGCGGAACAAGAUUUCUUCAGUUAUGGACCCCAUCUUCGCUACCUCCGUCUGGAUGGAAAUGAAAUCGAAACACCAAUCCCGAUGGAUUUAAUGACCUGCUUCAGGCUCCUUCAGGCUGUCAUUAUUUAAACACGUCUUCAUCAAUCUAAAAUUGCUUUAAUGAGUUCAUAUUUCUGACGUGAAAUUUGAUUACAAUUCAUAGGUUUAAGAUAAAAAUCACUUUCCUAAUUGCUUAUGGCCACCAUUUUUAUUUGUACAGCUUAUUUUUUCUAUUGAAAGUUGCUUUUCCCUAUGAAAUGUAGCACAGCCUGCUUCUCUUUUAUUAAUAAAACAGACACAGAGUUAAGAUAGUUUAUCAACUCAAAGAUAGUUCCUUUCUGUCUCUCUCACAGCUUACUAAUACCAAAUAAUGCAAAUACAUUGUUAUGCAAUAGAAAGGAUAUAUUUGUUUGCAAAUGUUCAAAAUUGCUUAUGCAGAUACUAUAUCCACAGU